GUGCUAAUUUGGUUCGCAGCAUUUCGAUAUGAAACCAGAGAAUGGUACAACCACUACCUCCCAUGGCAAACCACUAGCUUACCUGUACUAACAUAUACUAGUAUUUAUGGGAAGUAGGAACAGUACUCAUCCAUGCCCUACGUUACUUAUCGGUGAUUUUGGGCAUGCCGAAAGGAUCACUCCACUUCUGAACAACUCGGUUACGCAGGCAAAUCUGGAUCUGAAGCAAAGGUUUACUUCGACAAAGGGUACACAGGACUACAAUACUCCCGAGCAAUUUCACAGAGACUGGGAGGCCCGCAACUGGUUCGACAGCGAUAUUGCUGGAAAUUUCAACGGAUUUACCUACAACCUCUUCGGCGUUGGUCAAAUCAUGUAUCAAAUCGUCACUUGUCUUUAUGAUCCCCCUGACAUCGGAGACCCAUUUCUCCCAAGCUAUCCAAUCAGUGGAGCACCAGCACUGGGAAGAACGUUCGGACCAGAUUUAAACGCGUAUGCAGGUGAAUAUAGCAAAGUAUUAACAGACCUAAUAUACGAGUGUCUAUACGAGAAUCCAACACAUAGACCUACCUUGGAGACGCUAAAGUACGAAAUCACGCGGGCUUAUAAUCUAGCAUCCCAGGAUGACGACAACGAGAUCGAGCCUUGGAAAAACUUCACCGCACCGACUCCACUUGACCAGCCGGUAAAUAUUCCAGCAGAUAAGGGUCCUCGAAAGCGUGUCCAGCCAACGGAUCCGCCCUCCAAUUUCUUUGCAGUGAAAACUCGAAUAUUUAUUUGUCAAGGUGUAUUGAAGAACGGUCUGCAAUGUGGGAAUAGGCUACGCGGCAAGGCUGGAGAUGCUAGACCACGCUGUGCACAAUGUAUAAGACGGCGGCGCUAAGUUUCCAUAUAGUAGGGUUGGUUCAGGUUUUCGUUGAAUGUUUGAGAUUGUUUUCACGUUUUUUUAGAGUACAUCAAAGGGUAGGAAGGAGGAGCAGCAAAGUGUCUCAAUUGUAUCAUAAGUUGCAAGUUAAAGGGAAGACGUUAGCCACGCGUAAUGAUAUGCUAGAGCGAAUGAAUAUGCGAUUCUCAAUGUAUGACACAUUCUGUGUCUUUGGCAAUUCUAUGAAUUUGAGGAAAGUUCUUGACCGUUCUACUCGAUGCUCAGCUCGGGAGUUUGAGCAGAACUAAUAGCCCACUAAACCCAGGCAGGU